GCGUCAACCCCACCUUACUGGGAGUGCAUAAACGCGCACAGUUCAGCUCCGGACGAGAUAACACGGCAUUGAUUGUCAGACAAUUAAAGGAAUAGUAACAGGAGACACGAAACCAGAAGAGAAAAGCACUGCAGUUAGGUAAUAGACCUCUGUUAAUUAUACCUGGCACAGAGCUGCUGUGGAAUGAUGCAAGGGUGAGGAAACAUUUUCAACACUACAAUGAUCGGCAUGGUCGAUAGAAACAGCACCGGGAUGCGCCGUCUCAAACAGUGGCUCAUUGAUCAGAUUGACAGCGAUCAGUACCCAGGCUUGGUGUGGGACGAUGAGCAGAAAGUCACUUUUCGGAUUCCUUGGAAACACGCCGGGAAACAGGACUACAACCAGGAGGUGGACGCUUCGAUCUUCAAAGCUUGGGCUAUUUUCAAAGGAAAAUAUAAAGAAGGUGAGAAAGCAGAGCCUGCCACCUGGAAAACAAGACUUCGUUGUGCGCUCAACAAAAGUCCAGAUUUUGAAGAAGUGACUGACCGUUCACAGCUUGACAUCUCCGAACCAUAUAAGGUUUAUCGAAUUGUUCCUGAAGGACAGCAAAAAUGUAAAUUUGGCAAUCAUUCCAAUGAACAAGGUGACGUCACUGAUAUGGAUUGCAGCCCACCUGGAUCCGAUGAGCUUAUAAAGGACGUUAUUGUGGAUUAUAAUGGCAUAAUAAAGAGAAGUCAUUCUCCACCACAGGAGGAUUGUACAAGUCAACCACAGCAAGAUUGGUGGGGACGACAAACCAUUGAAGAUUCUUCAGUGCUGUAUUAUGCCAAUAACUUUGGACCUCUGCAACCCAAUUCAGGGUUUUGCCAGAUGAUAGUCACCUUUUACUAUGGAGGAAUUCCAAUGUCCCGGGUUCCCAUUCGGCGAUCCGAUGGUUGUCGCAUCACUGUCCGUCAUGCUCCAACCAGCAAUGAGACCAUAUUUGGGCCAGAAGGCAUGGAACAGGUUCUGUUCCCACCCACAAGCAAGAUCAUGAACCACCGGCAGCAGCAAGUCACAAAUAAACUCUUGACUCACCUUGAGCGUGGGGUGCUGCUGCUUAGCAACAACGAGGGCAUCUAUAUCAAAAGGCUCUGCCAGGGCAGGGUUUUCUGGAGUGGCCCCUGUGCGCCUUUCACUGACCGGCCAAACAAGCUGGAGAGAGAUGCGAUAGUGAAGCUUUUUGACACAAAACAGUUUUUGCAUGCUCUGCAGCUUUCCACAGAGAACCCCCAGUGUGUCCUUCCAGAUAACAAAGUGAUUAUAUGUUUUGGAGAGGAGUUUCCUGACAUGAAACCCAUCAACAAAAAAUUAAUUAUAGUGGAGAUUGAACAAAUGAAAACAAAGCAUAUUUUGCAAGCAGUACUUCAGUCAAGGAAUUAUGAUAACAACAUCCACCUUCAAAUUUCCAAUGAAACAGCAGAAGAUAAAUUGUCUGGGAUUCUUCAUGAACUUUGUAUGAAUAGUUUUGGCUACCCAAGACCUGCCUACAGUGAAAACCAGCAAAUAAGCUGAGAAUAACAUAAACAAAUCUCCGUUUCAGUGACUUAAGGACUUUUGCGUAAGUCGGUAGCAUUAAGAAAAAUGCUCUUUGCUGGAUGUCAGUAAUUUUGCUAAAGGACUCUGAAUUCCUAAUCAUCCUUGUUGGCUGAAUGCAGCUUUGCACUGCAAUUAAUAUUUUUGUAACAAUAUUGCAUUUUGUAAAAUAAUCGUAUAUUUUAUAAAAGUUUAUUUUUCACUGUGAAGACCAGUUUAUUAUCCACAGAAGUUUAUAACAGAAGGCAUUGAACAGGAAUCUAAUGCAAUACUGUUCAUUACUGUCAUGACACUUACUAUGUAAGAAAUAUUUAUUAUCUGCAGAAUAACGGAUGUCUAGGAGGGACUUGCAUAGGUUUAUUAUAAUAGGUUCCAAAAAUUUACCUUGAAUCUAGUUUUGAAGUAGUGCUCGGGUAUAAAUUGCCUCACAAUUUUAAUACCAGUUUGGCUUUUGAAGAAAACAGGUUGAACAUUUACAUACAUUGCAAUCUUGCAUGUUAUGUUGUGCGUUAAUUUGCAGUUACUUUGUAAUAUUGAAUAUAGGUACUGACGUUGGUUGUAAGUGUGGAAAUACAGUUUGAGUUGAACGCAGGCACAUUUCUGUAGAGACAAUUGACUUCAAAAGAAAAUCUGGCAUUUAUAUCAGCACUUUUAUGAGCUCAGGAUAUUCCAAAGUGCUUUAAAACCAAUGAAGUACUUUUUUUCGCUUGAACUGUUAUAAUGUAGGAAACACAGUAGCUAACAUAUCCGUGGCAAGCUCCUGCAAACUGCAGUGUGAUAUUAACUAGAUAUUUUACUGAUUUAAGGAUAAACAGUAUUUUGAACACCAGGGAGAAUUCUUCUUCUUUGAAACAGGAUGUUUCUACAUUCACCUGAGAGUACAGUUAGGACCUUAGUUUAAUGGCACCUCUGAUAUUAAACACAAAUUAUACUCUUAUUUUACUGAGUUAUCAGCCUAAUUUUGUACACCAACACCCCUGGAGAGGGUCUUGUACCUGUAAAUUUCAGCGGAAGAGGCAUGAAAGUUAUCAUCCGCGCUAUGGCUGUGAGCUAAAUAGUUGCUGUAUGCAUCGAAUCUCAGAGCUUCCUUACUAUUGGACUAUUUAUGUAAUUAUCCAAUUAGUUCAUCUUAUUUGAUAACAAAGGUAUCUAUUCCAUCUUAAUGUGCUAAAACCGUCACAAAUAUCCUUCAAACUUAAUUUAUUUUGCUAGCUGAGAGGGGGAGAUAAAUUUAGAAAACAUGGAAACUGUUAAAAUUAAGGAGCAAAUAAUCUCUUCAUUGUUUUCAGUUCAGACAGACACAUCUAAUUCUGCACGGGUCUCUUUUCUUCGUCCUUUUUUCCGAAUUCCUGCGCUGUUACUUCAUUUUACAUCACCUCACAGUGAAUGUGCCAUUACAAUUCUGUAAAACCUUCCCUUAAAUUGGCUGAUACUAACUACUCUGAAAAUCUAUGGGACUGAAAUAUUAUUAAAUAUUGGUACAAGUUGCAUAUCAAUUUCAUAAUUUGUGGGUAUUUUUCAUGGAUUUUGAGCAUUCAUUUUAAACAUAUAACACAGACAUUCAAUAUGAUCAUAGCUGGUCAUCAAACUCAGAACUCUGUUACUGCUUUCUCCCCAUACAUCUUGAUCCCUUUGACCCUAAGUAUUAUAUCCAAUGCUUUCUUGACAACAUUUAAUGUUUUGGCCUCAACUUUUUGCUAUGGAAGAGAAUUCAUCACUCUCUGGAUGAAGAAAUUUCUCAUCAUCUCAGUCCUAAAUGGACUGUAUUCUUAAACUUUCACAUUAACUUCAUUGCUUCAAAGAAUUAACUUGAAGAUACCUUAAAAAUAUUGGUAUAUAUUUUUUAACCAGUGUUGGUGCAAUACAAACACAAAUUUGGCAUUUGGCUGAUUAGAAAACUGUAUUCCUUUGUUCAUGUUUUUAGCAUGGAUACUAAUACUUCUGAAGAAAUGAAAAUCAGAAUCUGGCAUUUAGUAUGGACACAUUUAAACAUAAUUAUUACUUAGAAUGUACAAGACAGAAAAUAGCCAUUCAUAUCUAUUCUGGUGAUUCGGGUCCAUGUGAGCUGCUUCCCACCUUAUUUUAUCUACGUUUCUAUUCAUUUUUCCCUCAUGAACUUAUCCAGAUGUUCCUUUAAUGUAUCUGUGCUAUUUGCCUCAACCACUCCAUGUGGUAGUAAGCUUUUCAUUCUCUGAGUAAAGCAGUUUCUCCUGAAUUCCUUAUCAGAUUUAUUGGCAAUUUAUAUCAAUAACCCUUAAACUCUACAUCAGUAUUGCUGAUCAGAAAAUAAACCCUUCUUCAGAAAGGGUCUAGGCCCGAAACGUCAGUCUUCCUGCUCCUCUGAUGCUGCUUGGCCUGCUGUGUUCAUCCAGCUCUACACCUUGUUAUCUCAGAUUCUCCAGCAUCUGCAGUUUCUACUAUGUCUGAAACAAUGUUGAUUACUACAAGGUCUCUGUGUUUAAAGAUUUUGAUAGUUGGCUCUAUAAUGCUGAUAUAUGGGACGUACUUGGGAAUUGUUACUUAGAACAUUGAUUACAAUUAAUAAGUCCAGUAUACAGCACAAAGAGAUUAGAUAUUUUUGUGCAUGUAUGUGAGAGGGAAAAAAGACUUUCCUAUUGCACUUAUGUCCAGGUUGCCAGUGCAUGGUCUGAUGUGAAAUAGCUGAUUCUCAGACAAACAACUUUGAAGAUUAACUGAUACUGGAUAUUCUGAUUAGCCAAGGGCAAAUAAACACAUUACUCUGGUGGCAACACUGUGUACAAUGCAAUUGUCAUGACAUUAAGUCCUUUGCUGGUGUAUACUGGAUGAACUGUCCUAAUCAGCCAUAGCAUUGAAUAGUGAAAACCUGUAGCACAGUCUGUUUACAAGAGGGACAACUGCGCUACCAAUACAGCAGUGUUAAAGCAACUGUGUUGUGAUUUUAAUUACUCCGUGUGCUCUCAGUUAGAUUAUAGGCUCCAACUGAUUUGAAUUUAACCGUGUUAAGCUGUAGUUUUGCUGUUGAGCCGAACAUGGCUUUGGUCCAAUGUGUUUAUUGUGGUGAUAACAUAGGACAGAAAGUACCUAGAGUUCAACAGUGCUCACUCAGUAAUAAUGACUAUGUAUUGACAGGUGGUCUUUACCCAUCCUUCUCUUCUAAAAAGUAUCUAGACUUCAUCACCAUUCAUCAUUUAAGAAUGACUGUUAUUUUGAGAUGAUGACAAUAUUACUCUGCUCCUCUUUCUUAAAAUUCAAAUCCGGUUAAAGUCUUUCAGCACUUAUUUCCUUCUUUUGUAUUUUCACUCAAUUCUUUAAAUGUUUUUUUUUCUCCAUUUCUAAUUUCAAAGUAAGAAAACAUAGCCUCUGAACUGGACUGGUGAUCAUGUAAGAAGAAGCUUUGCCUCAAUGGGUCAGAGCCAUUCAGGGAGCCUCAGGCUUGAUCCACAAUCUGGGCUGAGUUCAUUGAUCUUGAUGGCAAUAGUAGGACUAAACAUUGCCUCCUCUUGAUUUUAGGGGAAAUUAGCCAGAGUCUAUGUUCCUGAUCAUUGUUAGUGAUUUCUGUACUGUAGUUGUAGGAGAGAUCUAGCUUGGCUGUCAUGCCCUCUCGAGUUAAAUACUUAGCGAGAUUGUUUUGAUUAAGAUUUUAGCUUGAACUUUUGCAAGGCACAAUGCACCUGUGAAACCAAAGUUUUGUCAGGAACCACCAAGGAAGACCAGAAUUUUUGAGAAUGUAGAAACAGAAAAACAGUAGCAAAACACCCUUUAUGUCUGUGUAUUCAUACCAAGCAAUCAGCAUUCACCUUCAGAGGUAACAUUUUAAACAAUAGUAAAAUGUGACCUUUUACCUCCCUCCUAGUUAAUGAUUUUAUUUUAUAAUAUGCACAAAGUAAAUAUUUGUUUAUAAAACAUAUCUAGGGUCUAAUUCUUUAAAAAAAUAGUAACAGGAUCCUGUUCUUUGCAAAGUGCAAGUUUAUGUCCGAUUUAUAUGCCAAUUGUACUGUUUGUUCGUCUCCACCAAAAGCAUGUGUAUAAAAUUCAUUCCAGUAGAGUGGAGGAAACCUCAAUCACCUUGGCAUGAUGUGCAAGUUCCUCUGACUAUCAAAUCUCUUUUUCUUUGACCUUGGCUAUAUGGGGUGGAGUUUGGUUCUUACAUAUGUGUGAAACUGAAUUUUGGGCAGACGUAUCUUUGUCAGGAAUUUUAUAUUUUACAUUAUUAAAGUCUGUUAAGCAGGAUUAUUAUGGGAAUUGGUUACAUGCUUUAAAUCUGCCUCAUCCACUUGUUGCAGUGAAAUAAAAAUAUCUACCAAUAGGUUAAAUGAUUUGUAUAUAUACAGAAUCCCUAUUGUGUGGAAGCAGGCCAUUUAGCCCAGACCCACCCCCCUACCCUGUCCCUGUAAGCCUGUAUAUCCCAUGGCUAAUCCACCUAGCCUGCACACUGUGGGCAAUUUGGCAUGGCACAUCUAAGGACUGUGGGAGGAAACCAGUGCACCCAGGCAUAAGGUGAAUAUGCAAACUCCACACAUAGUCACCUAAGGGUAGAAUUGAACCCAGGUCCCUGAUACUGUGAGGCUGUAGUGCUAACCACUAAACCACUGUGCCACUCUUUAUCUAGCCUUGUAGGGUUAAAACUGUUAACUGUGCUACCUUGGCCAGAGGUUGCUUUGAACAAGCACAAAUUAAAUUGAGGUUAGUGUGGGCUUGGGGAGGGAUAGAAUAAGACCUUGAUAACUUUCUUUGACUGCAUGAAGGCUACAUUUCAUUGACUGCAGAGUAUACUUGUUUUAAACAUUUGUGAGUCAAGUGCCUCAUGGCCCAUUAUACAAUUGAUACUGGAUAGGUUUUGUAAAGAUAAUUUACUACUUUGUAUAUUAGAUUUUUCUGUACAUAUAAUGCUGUAAAUAAACAUGAUCAUUUUCAAAAA